AUGAGUAAUAAAGCUGUAUUUUGUGCCACAGAUUACAAGAAUUCAUGCCACACAGAAAACCAAACAUCAGUGACAGAAUUUGUCUUACUAAGUUUGACUGAUAUACUUGAAUUUCGCAUAACCCUUUUUGGUGUGUUUUUGGCCUUUUAUCUACUAAAUGUUACUGGAAAUUUCUUCAUUCUGGUGAUAACUAUUUUGGAAAAAGCUCUUCAUACUCCAAUGUAUUACUUUUUGGGAAACGUAGCCUUCUUUGACAUAUUCUUUUCUUCUGUGACUGUGCCCAAGAUGCUUGCAGACUUUUUUUCGACACAGAAGACUAUUUCUUUUAAUGGCUGCAUUUCACAGCUGCAUUUCUUUCAUUUUAUGGGGGGCUCUGAAGUUAUACUCCUCACUGUAAUGUCUUAUGACCGUUUAAUAGCAAUAGGAGAUCCUCUACAUUAUUUUAGCAUCAUAAGCCCUACAUUUUGUGUCAUUCUAAUAUUUGGGUCUUGGAUGUUUGGAUUUUUGCAUUCCCUCUUGCAUACAGUUCUUACAGCAAUACUUCCCUAUUGUGGACCUAAUCUGGUGGAGCACUUUUUCUGUGACAUUAAGCCAUUAUUGAAGUUGGCUUGUACAGACACAACACUUAACCAGAAAAUUCUUAAUAUAAUAACUGGAUAUCUGACGUGCAUGGCUUUUCUGCUGACACUUAUUUCCUAUGUUCUAAUAGGCAGAAUUGUUCUAAAAAUGAAAACAGUAGAAGGAAGAAAGCGUGCAAUCUCAACCUGUAGUGGACACCUUACAGUUGUUAUUCUCCUGUAUGGAACUGCUCUCUUUACCUAUAUAAGACCUGCAACACAAGACAUCUUAGAUCAGGACAGGGGUGCUGCAGUUUUGUUUACUGUUGUAACUCCAGCUCUGAAUCCGAUUAUAUAUACCUUACGUAACAAGGACAUGAAGAAAGCUAUAAGUAGAGUUAUUAAGAAAUUGUCAUUAUAA